GCGAGUAAAGGUGUAGCGAAAGCUCAGAAGUCCUCACGGGGGAUUGAAGACUGUUUAACAGAGACGGGAGAUUUUGCAACUCAAAAAUGCAGAAACGGCAAGAACAGAGUCGUGUAUUUACAGCUGUCCUCUUCGCGUUUAUUUUCCUGCUAGCAGCUGUGAGCACUACCGAGGCAGGGAAAAAAGAAAAGCCAGAGAAGAAGGUGAAAAAAUCUGACUGUGGAGAAUGGCAAUGGAGCGUUUGUGUCCCUACUAGCGGAGACUGUGGGCUAGGGACCCGUGAGGGCACCCGGACUGGAGUUGAUUGUAAGCAAACAAUGAAGACGCAAAGGUGUAAGAUCCCCUGCAACUGGAAGAAGCAAUUUGGAGCGGAGUGUAAAUACCAGUUCCAGGCAUGGGGAGAGUGUGACCUAAACACUGCCUUGAAGACUCGAACUGGGAACCUCAAGCGAGCUCUACACAAUGCAGACUGCCAGAAGACGGUCACCAUCUCAAAGCCCUGUGGGAAGCUUACCAAACCCAAACCUCAAGAGCCCAAGAAAAAGAAAAAAGAAGGCAAGAAACAGGAGAAGACACUGGAAUAGUGAAGAUGUGCUGGGCUACGCGGGAAAGGGACUUCCUCGAAUGUAAUCGGUUAACAAGUUUCAUUGACAGCUAGGCGUUUUAUCCAGAAGUUAUUUAUAGCUUAAUUGUACAAUAGGAAGAAAUAAACGUACCAAUUCGCCCUCUUUAUUCUUCUUUUUUAUUUUUUACUUUAGUGUUUAAAGUGUAUAACCUUAACCACAUUCGUAGAAGUCUGCCAUAAAAAGGCAGUAAUGUCAUUUAGUACCUGAUUUACUAUUGUAUAUUGGAAAGUAUAGAUUCAUCCCAAAUCCCCACCCUCACCCCUUUCCUCCUUUGGGGUCCAAUCUUCUUAAGGCCUGACUCUGCAUGCUAAGGGCAGGACUUAUGACCCACAUGGAAAUCCCACAGGACGUGUUCUAUCGAGGUUCCAUGAUGUCAGAAUGGUCUGUCCAUAUGCUGCGCAGACUGGCCGUCUUAUGAUGUGUAAAACAGACUUUUUACGUUUUAUAACAGCAAGAGUGGGUCUCUGUCCCCAGAUUGUACCUGCCCUGAAAUAACUAACUUGGUUGUAAUUUACACCUUUUAAUAAAACAACUUAAGGCUCUAGUCCAUAA